AUGGAAAGUGAGGCAAGUGGCGCUUCCCUACGAACUGGUACCACAAGGCCUAGCAGCUCAAAUAGGACAAGGUUGGUUAAUAGCUUGGACAUGUCACUUCCUGGCAGUCCCGCUGUUGGCCAAAGGAGAAAGAGGCAGCAUUGGACUAGGGAUAUGAACACCAGUCUUAUCAAUGCAUACUUCGAAGCGACAGAAGGGGAAACUAACAGAAGAAAAUAUGCGGCAAAACUGGAGGAACUCUGGUCUGAAAGAUACCCAGACAAACAAUUUGCCGGAAAACAGCUGAUUGCACAAAUUAAAAACAUCAAAACGCGGAAGCUCCUCGCUCCGGAUGAAAUUGACAUGCUGAAAGCUAAUUUCACAAGAAGGUCAACAAAUACAACUGCUGAAACAAUAAGAAGAAGUCUGCAUAGAAGGAGCAUAACACCACAACAAGAUGUAGAAAAUGAACAAAACAUUGAAGAACCGCAGACAACACAACACGAGCUGGACGAGACCCACAAAGAGAUAACAACACUCUUCCAGCAAAUCAGCCAAAAUUGGAAUGGAGUAAACAUGGAAGCUAGGCCCAAGAUUUCCAAACUCACUCAGAACAUAGACACGAAAGAAACCAUCCAAGCCAUCAACAAGGCAAUGAAAUCAGUGUUCGAUAACUCUACUAACUUCGCAGAUCUAUGUCACAUAGUAUAUUGCGCUGCCCUAAUUGCUAACACCAUAUUAAAGACUAGAAAAGAGACCCCAACACAAGAAAACCAUAAACAACAAAAACCACCUUGGGAGGAGAGAUUAGAAAAGAAGAUAUCGAAUAUGAGAAAAGAGAUAGGCGUCCUGCAUACAUUUCUGAAUAAUCCAAAUCCCAGCAAGAAAGUUGAAAAGAAGCUGCAAACAUACACCAAAAAAUUGAAAUUGAAAAACAAAUUAACGCAGUAUAAGGAAAGUUUGAGAACACACGCAGAGAAUCUAAAACAAAAAAUCGCGGCAUUGGGAAAUAGGAUAAGGAGAUAUCACAAAAAACACAACGAUACAGAGAAAACAAUCUUUUCACAUACAAUCAAAGGCAGUUCUUUAGGAAUAUAG